CGAAUGGGACUCUUGCAUUUUGAAAGAAACACGGAGGUGGUCAGCAAGGUUGUUAGUAUGCAUGUAUGUAUGUACCUACGUAUGUACGCACUACGUACGUUUGUACUUGCUCAGCUGCGCGCAUGUAACAGGCGAACUGGCGGGGUAGUGGCCUUCUCCCUUGGCGCGCAAAACAGAAAUGUGCGAAAGAGCAAAAAAAUGAGCGAAGCGGGGGCGGCGUCCAACGUAAUGCAACGAAGGGAGCGUGACCAAACUUGUUCACUUGAGUUUUCCCAACUGAUGGUUGCUUUGCGUGGUUAAUUAUUUGUGCCGAGUAUGCGCUCUUUUUUUUUUUUUUUAUAAAAAGUACGAGUAAAAAUUACGCGUCGUUUGGUAAGAAAGCAAGUAAAUGCUUAUACAUUUGUACGCUCAUACGUUUGUGCAUUUUCCUUUUUGUACGCUUAUACGCUUAUGCAUUUGCAUUUUUUCGCACGUGACCCCCUUUGAGCAUAUGGGCGAUUGUGCGCGCCUCCUGACAUCAUAUGGAUAGCCUCCAAGACUUCGUGAAAAGCCUUAAGGAAAAAAGCCUUUACCAAUCGUUCAAAAAAGUUCAUAAGAAGUACAAGUUUCGUUUUUUAAGCAAGAUGGCGAGCAACAGAAAAAUAAGCCAAAAGAUUAACGCCUUUGAUAACAACAUAACGCACCGAGGCAACGUGCCGGCCUCCCUGGUCAAGAAGGGGAAGAAGCAUCCCGUGGGGCCCAUUCUUCUCGUAAUUUUCGUUUUCGUCGUUAUUGGAUCGGUUUUCAUCCAAAUGUUGAGCAUGAUACAAAAGUCGAAAGUGUUUGACUGAAGUCAGCCGGAUUUUUUUUUUCUUUUUUAACGUCGGCACUUCUCAUUUUUGUGAAAUGGAUGAGGAGAAGCAGCAGGAUGAUGAUGAUGAUGGCCCGUGUCAGGGUAGGAGCAGUGUUCGAUUUUGCGGUGCGCCUUGGGGGUAUUUUUUAGGACCCCAGAAAGGGGGAGAAAGGGAAAAAAAAGGCGACUGAAAAGGGAAAAGUUGGAAAGCCGAAAGGUGUACAUGUAAACGUACACCGUGCGGAUUUUUCCUUUUUUUUUCCCUUCAUUUUUCUUUCGUUUUUCGUUCAUUUUUCUUCCUUUUUUUUUCCCACCUGCGCACCACCUUUUAAAACAAUUGUGUACGUUCCACCCCCCUUUGUAAUUAUUUUUUUUCAUUCCGUUAACCCGUACCAAUAAAACGUUUUUCUACCUUCCCAGAUGACGUGGGUUUCGCCCGGCCCCCACUUUUGAAUAAUUUUG